CCUCUAAGGACUGCAGUGGCUGACCACACUGCUCCAUCACAUCCCAUGUCCUCGUGGGAUCACACUUGACCUUUGUUGCGCCCCUCAACAGCCCCUGUGUUCUUCCUCCCCUUCAUACGCACACCCUCCUCCCCUUUCUUACACUCCUCUCCCUUCCUCGGUGUCUCCUAGCCACGGGCUUAUUACUCCAAACCACUGACGGGAGCAACACAGUAGUUGGCAAAGGAUGAAGCGGGUCUGCUUGCCAACACCAGACAGAGGAUAGAAGGCACAAAACGACUAGGGAAAGGGGUGAGUGAGAAAGAGAGGGGGGACAGAUGGUGAAGACAGCGACAUCAAAGCUGUGAAAAGAAACAACAAUCAAGAUGAUGAAGGAAAGCAGAAGUUUUACCUGACUGCCAUGAGCCAACAUACCUUCAGCUUUGGACUUUCUUUUAAAUGAACCUCUAGUCAAUCAACACAAAAUAAGUUGGAGAGACCCUCUCUCCUGCUCUCCGAGACUCUGUAUUGAUGCCGGCUAUGUCUCUGUGAGAAGUGUCCGCCAUGCCAGCCAAGGGAAAGUACCUGCUGAACAACCAGGAGCUGAAAAAUGAGGCGCUAUACCGCAGAUUUUCCUGCGUCAGCCAGUAUCGGCUGCUGGUGCUCCUGCUGGGCCUCUCCAUGCUCACCUGUGCAGUCCUCCUCAUCGUCUUCUUCGCCCUGAAGCUGAGUGCGAAGGAACAUUGUGCCUUUGUGAGUGUGGUGAGUGGCAGCCUGUGCGUGUUCCUAGCCGUGUUUGCACUGGUGUGUAUGGAGCUGCUCUCACAACGAUGGAGGCUGCUGGUGGGCCUGGUCGUCUGGGCCACGCAUCUCACCCUGGGGUACACCUUCAUCUUCAGCGGCCCCAUCAUCUUGCCUUGGGACCAGGUGCCUUUCUUCCUCUUCAUCAUCUUGAUAGUGUACACCAUGCUGCCAUUCCAGUUGUGGUAUGCUGUGGUCCUGAGCGUCAUCACCUCGCUGUCUCACAUCGUGACCCUCACGCUGCACUUCACCGUUUAUGAGCGCACCCCUUACCUGGCCAAUCAGCUACUGUCCAACGCCGUGGUCUUUCUAUGUGGCAGCGCAGUCGGAGCCUUUCACAAGGUCCUAAUGGAGAAAACGCUGAAGCAGACGUUCCAAGAUACUCUGAGGUGCCUGAGCAUGCGGAUGAAGCUUGAGAUAGAAAAGCGACAGCAGGAGAACCUGCUCCAGUCUGUGCUCCCUGUUUACAUCUCCAUGAAGAUGAAGCUGGCUAUAAUGGAGCGCUUGCAAGACUGCAAAGAUAAAGAAGAGCAACAGCGGCUGGUCAAAGAUAACAACUUCCACAGCCUUUAUGUCAAGAGGCACGAAAACGUCAGUAUUCUUUAUGCCGACAUUGUUGGCUUCACCCGCUUGGCCAGUGACUGUUCUCCCAAAGAACUUGUAAUUAUGCUCAAUGAAUUGUUCGGCAAGUUUGACCAGAUUGCCAAGGAAAAUGAAUGCAUGCGAAUCAAGAUCCUGGGGGAUUGUUACUACUGUGUGUCUGGGCUGCCAGUGUCGCUGCCCAAGCACGCCAAGAACUGUGUCAAAAUGGGUCUGGACAUGUGUGAAGCCAUCAAGCAGGUCCGGGAGGCCACGGGAGUGGACAUCAACAUGAGAGUGGGAGUUCACUCAGGCAACGUGCUCUGCGGCGUGAUCGGCCUUCGAAAGUGGCAAUUCGAUGUAUGGUCACAUGACGUGACCCUGGCUAAUCAUAUGGAGUCAGGAGGCCUCCCAGGCCGUGUCCAUAUUACAGAGGCAACUCUGAAACACCUGAACAGGGCUUACGAGGUGGAAGAGGGCAACGGCCACCUCAGAGACCCGUACCUACAUGAGCUCAAUGUCAAGACGUACCUGGUCAUUGAUCCACGGUCCAAGGACGCAUCAAUGAACAGCCGAAAUGCACCGAAACCCCGAGUGAAUGACGGUCUGAAGAUGAGGGCGUCUGUGCGUAUGACUCGUUACCUUGAAUCCUGGGGGGCUGUUAAGCCUUUUGCCCAUCUCCAAAGUCGAGAAGGUUUUACCGCCGACACCAUCGUGAACGGCAAGCCACGUUUCAAGGACAUUCCUUUGCGAUCACCUCCUGUCUCCAUGAUCACUGAUAGCUUUGAUGAGUCUCUUGAGGAGCCCUUCUCCUUGCCCAACGCUCCGUUCAGCAGCCAUAAGAUCAAAUCCCAGAAGAGUAAGUUUGAUGAGGAGCUGCACAACGAGAUGACCACUACCAUCGACGAGCUCAGCAGCAAGCAAUGGUCUAAGUCAGAAGAGAGUGGCAGUUUAGCUCUGUGGUUUCCAAAGAAAGAUCUGGAAAAACAGUACCGAGCCCUGGAUUUGCCGAUGUUCAAACACUACGUGGGCUGUGCAACCUUCAUCUUCCUUUGUAUCUUUUUGAUUCAGAUGCUCGUCACAAAGGACCGGCAGAUGUUUGGAAUAUCAUUUGGGGUGUUGGCCUGCGUGCUGCUGCUGACCCUGGCCAUCUGUUUUGCAGGUCACUUGCAGCGCGUGUUUCCGGAGAAGCUGUCGAGGUGUCAGUGGCUGCCGGCGGUGUCGGAGGCGGUGGUGAAGCGGCCCUGCGUGCGCCUCCCGCUGGCCACCAUCACCACUGCGGUCAUCAUCAUCCUGGCCGUGUUCAACCUGUUCUUCAUCCAUAAGAUCAAGGAUGAAACUCUCCUGGAUAGAGACCUCUUCUGUCUGACUUAUUCGGUGUACUGCUGCAUCCUGUCGCUCAUCGCCUGCGGCGUCUUCCUGCGCGUCAGCUUCGAGCUCAAAGUGCUCUUCCUCACGGCGGCCUCCGUCGUGUACUACAUCAUCAUCUUCAGCACCAGGGAGAAACUCUUCACCAGCUACGGAAAUUCCCUUCAUGCUCAGAUCGACAGCAGCUGGAACUGCAGCAGACCAAAUAUUUCCACGGACAUCCUGAACUGCAUCGGUCUGGUGAAACACCCCAAGGUUAUGAGCUGCAUAUACAUCACGCUGUUCCUGGUCACCAUGCUCAUCAUCUCACAACAGAACGAAUACUGCUUUCGCCAGGACUUCUUGCUGAAGUACAAGAACCACACGGAGCAGGACGAGAUCGAGACCCGGGAGAACCUGAACCGCCUGCUGCUGGAGAACGUGCUGCCGGCUCACGUGGCGGCGCUGUUCGUCGGGGAGAACAAGAAGAACGAGGACCUCUACUACAAGUCGUACGACUGUGUGUGCGUGAUGUUCGCCUCAGUGCCGGAUUUCAAAGAAUUUUACACCGAGUGCGAUAUUAACAAGGAGGGCCUGGAAUGCCUGAGGCUGCUCAAUGAGAUCAUUGCUGACUUUGACGAGCUGCUGUCCAAACCAAAGUUCAGCGGCGUGGAGAAGAUCAAGACGAUCGGCAGCACUUACAUGGCUGCCGCGGGGCUCAGCGGGACGCCUGGUCAGGAGAACAACCAGGUGUGGCGUCCAGGCCGGGAUCUCAGAGCCCUGGUCUCCAACCGAACGCUCCUCACACUGGAAGAGCCGCCUAACGUUGAUGUGACUGUGUCGCUUCAGGACAGAGAGAGGCAGCAGGCCCAGAUCGGGAUCAUGGUGGAGUUCGCCAUCGCUAUGAUCGGCAAGUUGGACGGCAUCAACAGACAUUCGUUCAACACGUUCCGGCUCCGCGUGGGAAUCAACCACGGCCCGGUGAUCGCAGGAGUGAUCGGUGCGAGGAAACCUCAGUACGACAUCUGGGGCAACACAGUAAACGUGGCCAGUAGGAUGGAGAGCACCGGGGAGCUGGGAAAGAUCCAGGUGACGGAGGAAACGUCUGACGUCCUGCACAAACUUGGCUACUCGUGCGAGUGUCGAGGACUGAUCGAUGUCAAGGGGAAAGGAGAGCUGAAAACUUUCUUUGUCUGCACCGACAUGAGCAAGCAGCAAGGUAUGGGGCUGAGCUGAGUCCAGCCCGCCCGGAGACAGACUCACGAACUCAAGACAAAAGUUUACAGAUUCCUGCACAAAAGCGUCGGCCUGUUUUUCAAAGAAUUUACAGAAACUGCUUCUCUGUUUUGUUUGUUUUUUAUUUUUGCUGGAUGUCACUUUUGGACUCGGGUCAGAUCAGGUGACUGAGGCGGUCGGUAUGUUCCCUCACCGUCUUUUUGUAUUCUCAGACACAUCCACUUAUGUUACUUUUGUACCCCUUUUUGCCUCCUAAUUACUGUGAUAGAACAAGUGUGUCUUGUAUUAAUGGAACAUUAUUUUUGAAGACCUCUUUGGUCCUUUUAAAUAAGUGGAUUCUGUUGGAUCAGUUUGUUCUUGCCGUUUGACACGCACAUGGACACGCCGCUCUGCUUCUCCGAGAUAAACCUUAGGUACCGAAGAACUCCACUUUCAAGACGUUUUCAUGCUUUCUGGCACAGCUACACAUCCUAAUGCCAUCUGAUUAAGAAUUUAGUCCCAUAAAUGUACGUUCAAGUGGGAGAUCUAGUUCUCUCAUCUGGUUCCAGCCGUGCAGUUUGGAGAUGUCACUUUUGAGAAGAUACACACCGUGUUUCUGGAUACGUGUGUGCUUCACGUUUCAGUCUUUCUGCUCAGAUUUAACAUCUAUUCUGGUGUUUAGCCGCCUGUUUUUAUACGCGCAGCCACGGAGGAAAUGUGACGCAUGUUCUUCCCGUAUGAUCUAACAACCUGCCCGCUAUGAAUGUUUCUGACCCCGGCUCGUGUUUCCACCUCGACUAAACUCCAUCACUCUCUGUGCCUCCUGAAAUUUGACGUCUUGUGGCCUUAUCAUCCGAGACCAACAUGUUGUCCUUGUGGUUACAUCAUCAUAAUAAUAAUAAUGUUUUAGCCUUUCCGUGAACAAAUGUGACAAUGACUUUUGUACAGUUACAGAAUGUAAUAAAUGUUUUUCUGCAUCUGUCGUGCAUCGUUACAAAACAACUGAAGUUUGUAUGAAUAAAAAGAGUUUAUUUGACUGAAAUACACACAAAUGUCACACAACAAGCACCUUUUUGUACAAAACUUAAGUUAAUUGAACUGAACGAAGGUGGUUGGAAGUUCAUUUCACAGCAACGCAUGACGGCCCAUCCGGACAGGCGGACGCCGUCUCCAUCGGUUCCCCGGCGUCCUGCACUGAAGACGUGCAGAGUGUUACUGAAAUGUUACAUUACGUCUAACUUGACAAGCAGGACAGUUACAUAAAUGUGGUGUUUUACCUGCUGUGAGGUCUAAAAGGGGCUCGGGCGGCUCUGGGCGCAGAGCGACACCCAUGGCCUUCCUGAUGGCGUGGAUGCUGCUGACGUCACACGGAGCUACUUGGCCCGUUAGUUCAGUCAGGUUCCCCGUCACCUUCUCAGCUGCAGUACAUGAUAACGCAGGAUGUAUAUUAGUGAUAGAAACGAAAUCAUGAAUAUUUUAAAGUACACAUCUCUCUAGAAGGAUAAAAUUACAAAAAAGCUCCACAGGGAUUUGAGUCGGAUCACCUUAACGAUGCACACUCGUCUGAGUCUAGCAGACAAACCGCACCUUUGUGAGACUAACUAGAUAGAUGAGGGAUUGUUGGUGUACGGCGGGUGCCAAGGCUGCGGUCGGGGAACAAAGGGCCCAUGCAGCGGGACUCUCUCUUACCCAGCUCCAGUUCCUUGGCCGUCGGGGCCAGCAAGCAGAUCAUGUUAGGUGGCUGUUUGGUGCUCAGACGCUCGUUCUGGGCCUCCUGCAAGUCACGCAGGAGCUUUGUGGUCUCGUCCAGUUUCUGCUGGAAGUGUAUCGCUCCUGUAACAGAUACGGGGCAGACGACACACACACGAGUUACUUCCUCAGGGCACAACACAUCCAUUCUCCUGGAGCCAGACACACGGGGAUCAACUGAUUUUGAAGUCUGAUUACAAACUUCUGUGAAACAUGUGCAGACGGUUAGAAUAUAAUGUUUUUGGGUUAUAAAUCUCACUUAAUAUUAGAACAUUAAACUUGG